CUCUUCCUCCUCCUCCUCCUCCUCUUCCUCCUCUUCCAGACUGUACGACAUCUUUUCCGCACACACGCACACACAUAUAUAAGGACGGGGCACAGACGCACACACACACACGCACACACACACACACGUCGCCUGGAACGAAUGUAAAGAAACGAAGAAGAAAAGAAGAAAUUACUAUCACUACUACUACUACUACUACUACUACUACUACUACCCCCCCUCCCCCUCCUCCUCCUCCUCCUCCACCAUGGUCCUCCGCAGGCACCUCCCAAGGGCGUACCAAAGCCUCGCCGGGGUCAGACAAGGCUUGGUCAAGAGUACAAGUAUUUUACAUGUAUCAAAGUGUGAAGGGAAGGGUCGCGUUGUUGAGGCAAGAGCGUCAUUUGAGGGGCGUUCUGAGGGCGUUCCCAGGGUAGGCGUCGCCCCCCGUGCUGCCCUCCUCCCCCCGCGCCCCCCCUGCACCUUCCCCCGCCCCCCGAAGCAUGCCCAUAGCCCCUGGUACUCUAAAAAUGGGUUUAAGGGCGCCUCAUAUAGAACUUCGGUUUUAGGGGCGAAUCGAAGUCGGUCGCUUGGGCUAACUGGGUACUCUUCCUCUUCCUCCUCUUCCUCUUCUUCCUCUUCCUCUACUCUCGGGUACAGGUUCUUCUCCUCCUCCUCCUCCUCCUCCUCUUCCUCCUCCAAAUUUGUAUCUUCACAGCUUCUAUCUCGUCCUAACCGCUUUGUCUCCUCCUCCUCCCCUUCUUCCUCCUCCUCCUCCUCUUCCUCCUCCUCUUCCUCCCCGCUCCAGGAGUCAACCCUCUUCUCUCCAGCCCUGAAGCCUCUUGGGAAGGACAUACACGUGGAUAGCCGCUCUGUGUCUCGGGCUGGGAGUGGCGGCGGGCGGGCUGCUUUCCAAGACCGACAACAGUUGCGCCACGCCCGAAGAAUCGUCGUCAAAUUGGGCUCCGCGGUCGUCACCAGGAAGGACGGGCUUGGGCUGGCGCUGGGAAGGCUUGCGUCUAUUGUGGAGCAGUGCGCGGAGCUCCAGAACGCGGGUCAUGAGCUAUUGAUGGUGACCUCGGGCGCCGUGGCCUUCGGGGCGCAGAAGAUGGCCCAAGAACUCCUGAUGUCCCUGAGCAUGCGUGAGACUCUAUCGGGGAAGGACAGCUUGAGAGGGGAGGAGGUCCGCAGCAUGCUGGCGCCGCGCGCGUCGGCCGCCGUGGGCCAGAGCGGGCUGAUGUCGCUGUACGAGGCCAUGUUCACGCAGUACGGCGUGAAGGUGGCGCAGAUCCUGAUCACCAAGCCGGACUUCUACAACACGGAGACGCGCCACAACCUCAACAGCACCAUCAACGAGCUGAUAGCCCUCAACAUCCUGCCCAUCAUCAACACCAACGACGCCGUCACGCCCCCGCCACAGGUGGACGAGGAGGUGUCCCGCAAGCUGGACAUCCGCGACAACGACUCCCUGGCGGCGCGCCUUGCCGUGGAGGUGGACGGCGACCUGCUGCUGCUGAUGACGGACGUGGACGGCAUCUUCACGCGGCCGCCGGGCGACGACGGCGCCAGGCUCAUCGACUGCUUCGUGCCCGACGUGACGCUCGCGGGCGGCGGCGGCGACGGCCCCGGCGAGGAGGGCGGCGUGGUGUUCGGCGACAAGUCGGCGGUGGGCACGGGCGGCAUGGACAGCAAGGUGCGCGCGGCGGGCUGGGCGCUGGAGCGCGGCACCUCCGUGGUGAUCUGCAACGGGCUGGCGCAGGGCACCAUCCGCGCCGUGCUGGAGGGCCGCAAGGUGGGCACCUUCUUCACCACGCGGGACGACGCGCCGCAGGAGGUGGAGGUGCUGGCGCGGCAGGCGCGGCAGGGCAGCAGGGUGCUGCAGGCCAUGUCCCCCGCGCAGCGCGAGGCGGCGGUGCUCACGCUGGCGGACCUGCUGGAGGCGCGCACGCACGAGCUGCUGGCCGCCAACGCCCUCGACCUGGAGGAGGCGGCGCGCAGCGGCCUGGCGUCCGCCCUCACGGCGCGCCUCGCCCUCACGCCCGCCAAGCUGCGCGGGCUGGCGGCGGGGCUGCGCCAGAUCGCCCUGGAAUCGCGCGGCGCCGUGGGCCGCACGCUGAGCCGCAUGCUGCUGGCGGAGGGCGUGGAGGUGCGGCAGGUGACGGUGCCCAUCGGCGUGCUGCUCGUCAUCUUCGAGUCCCGCCCGGACUGCCUGCCGCAGGUGGCCGCCCUGGCCAUGGCCACGGGCAACGGCCUGCUGCUCAAGGGCGGCAGCGAGGCGCUGCGCUCCAACGAGGCGCUCAUGGCGCUGGUGCGCGAGGCGCUGGCCAGCGUGGGCGCGGCCGGCGCCAUGCACCUCGUGGCCACGCGCGAGGACGUGUCUGACCUGCUGCAGCUGGAGGGCGAGAUCGACCUGGUCAUCCCGCGCGGCAGCAACGACCUCGUCAGGACCGUGCGCGAGCAGGCGCGCUCCAUCCCCGUGCUGGGCCACGCCGAGGGCAUCUGCCACGCCUUCAUCGACCGCGACGCCGACCCCGUCAAGGCCGUCACCCUGGUCCGGGACGCCAAGUGUGACUACCCGUCCGCCUGCAACGCCGUGGAGACGCUGCUGAUCCACGAGGACAUCUUCCGCGGCAGCGACGUGUUCACCAGCGUGUGCCAGGCCCUGCAGCGGGAGGGCGUCAAGAUCAACGCGGGCCCCAGGCUGGCCUCCAUGCUCACCUUCGGGCCGCCCCUCGCCAAGAGCUUCAGCCCCCCUUCGCCCCCCAUCAACCCCAAAACCCUACCUUCCAGAGUCGAGUUCGGUGACCUGGAGUGCACAAUCGAGGUGGUCUCAGGCCUGACGGAAGCUAUUGACCACAUCCAUCGGUACGGGUCGAGCCACACCGACAUCAUCAUCACGGAGAACAAGGACACAGCUGACCACUUCCUGAGCGCUGUCGACUCUGCAUGUGUCUUCCAUAACGUGUCAUCUCGCUUUGCUGACGGCUACAGACUCGGCCUAGGCGCUGAGGUCGGGGUCAGCACUGCACGGAUUCACGCGAGAGGCCCUGUUGGUAUGGACGGACUGCUGACUACGAAAUGGGUAGCCCGGGGUGACUGCGCAACGGCUGCUGAGUUUACUGAGGGCAGGAGAGUCUUCGUCCAUAAACCGUUGCCAGUGGAAGAUGAUGGUGUUGAUGGUGGUGAUGGUGGUUUGUAUAGUGAUGAUACAGAUGGUGAUGAAGCGGCUAGGCAAUGAUGUGGUGAUGUUGGUGUUGGUGGUGGUGAUACUGGUGGUGGCGAGGCGGAGUUAUCGUCAUCACUACCUCUUCUGUCAUCACCACCUCUCAACACCACCUGCACCUCCAUUUCGUCUGCUGUUUCAUGCGGAGUUCAUCACCAAUGGCAAAACUCAAGUGGUGGUGGUGGUGGUGAUGAUGGUGUUGAGUCAUCAACAUCAAUGUCAUCACCAUCAAUGUCAUCACCAGUCAUCACCACUUGCUCUCUAGAGGGGUACGCACUCCCUCACCACCACCACCAAUGGAGUUGUUUGGGUGUUGAUUUGGAGGUGAAUUCGCUGUGGUGGUGGUGGUGUUGGUGGUGGUAACACACACACACACACACACACACACACACACACACACACACACACACACACACACACACACACACACACACACACACACACACACACACACACACACACACACACACACACACACACACACACACACACACACACACACACACACACAUCUCCAAGUGCUCUUAUGACAAUGUAAUAAUGAUAAUAAAAAUAAUAAUAAUAAUAAUAAUAAUAAUAAUAAUAAUAAUAAUAAUAAUAAUAAUAAUAAUAAUAAUAUUUGCCUAAGUCAUUUAUGUCGACUUAGAUUAAGGAAUUACAUAUAUAUAACAAAAUGUGUCUUAUUAUCAUUAUUGUUAUUAUUAUUAUUAUUACCAUUAGUAGUAGUAGUAGUAGUAGUAGUAGUAGUAGUAGUGGUAGUAGUUGUGAUACUAUUUAUAUAUACAUGAAAUAAAUGAGUUACUAUU